AUGGGAGAUGACAUCAUUGACCAGCUUGUGAAUGAUGUCAUCCCAGUUCCCAAGUACAUCCACUUUUAUUGGAUCGUGCGGAACCAGCAGGAGUUGGACUGGUUCUAUGACCUGUUGGCCACGGCCAUUGAGGGUCCUGCCAAGGACCGGAUCGAGGUGAACCUUUUCACCACGGGAGAGGUGGAGCUUUCAGCGGUGAAGGCUCUCAAAUGUGUGCAUCACCAGUACUUCGGGCGCCCAAAUUGGGGCCGAAUCUUCAAGGGCUGCAAGGCUCAGCAUGCUGGCGAGCAUUUGGGAGUUUUCCUCUGCGGUUCGCCCGUCAUCGGAGAAGAGUUAGCGCGUCAAAGUGCCAAGCACAGCGACCCGCCAGAGCAUACGUGUCAGACCCGCUUCUCGUUCUUCAAGGAGCAUUUCUAG